AUGCCUGACGGGAAUCCCACGAAUCCUGGAACUGUUGAGCAGCCUGGAAGAUCACCCACCGCUCAAUCGUCCUCUGAACAAAAUGAAAGUGCCGUGCCUCGCAGUCAGCCCGAUCUCGGCCGUCCUUCAGGGCCUACGAUUGUUGGACAUGGGGUCCAUUCACCACAGCACUUUAAUAUGACAGCCAUGGCGGGAGCAUUACCACCUGUAGGACACGAUGAAGCCAUGUCCCGUGGUCCAUACGGUUACCAAGGCGCCUCACAAAUGGCUCCACUCAACACUUAUCAACCGACACAGCAAUACUUCGCACACAACAUGGGCUACGACCAUACUGCAAUGACACGUGCCCAAGCGGCUCAACAACAACAAUUCAUGAAUGUCCAAUAUGGGCAGGCACCUGGUCUGCCGCCGAAUCCACCACGUGGUCAAAUGUAUCCUAUGCAUCAGCAGAUGCCUUACAAUCAGAUGGAUCCAUACGCAUAUGCCAUGAAUGCCGCUCAGUAUUCGCCGCUAGACCCAAGGAUCUCCUCACCGUCUUCCUACGGUCUCCCAGCGGUCGUUUCCCCAGAAAUGGGUCAAUUUUCAAGACGCAGCUCGACAGAUACUGGCCCGAUUCCGACCUUCCCACGUGGUCCUCCUCGCAAGCCCAAACAGUCUGGCCAUGCAUUAUGGGUCGGAAACCUACCACCUGCCGCCACAGUCAUCGAACUCAAAGACCACUUCUCACGUGACGCAACAAACGACAUCGAAAGCGUCUUUCUCAUCUCCAAAAGCAAUUGUGCAUUUGUGAAUUAUCGCUCCGAGGCCGCUUGCGCUAGUGCAAUGGAGCGCUUUCACGAUUCGAGGUUCAACGGGGUACGGCUCGUAUGUCGGCUACGCCGAGGCAGCGCGCCUCCGAGUGGCACGCCCACGGACAGUAUCGCAGAGUCACCUAUCGAUGGCAGUGCUUCAGUGACGGCAAAUGUACGAGAGGAGUCGCGUAGUCCCGAUAUCAAUCAGACGCAGGUGGUCGACAAAGGAAAGGGCCCUUCUACAAAGCGAGAAAAUGUCGGGACAGGUCCUCCAUUGUCGGAUGAGCGGGUACCGGAAAAAUACUUCAUUGUCAAGAGUUUGACUGCCCAGGACCUGGAAGCCAGCGUGCGCAACAAAGUAUGGGCUACACAGUCGCACAAUGAACAGACUCUCAGUAAGGCAUACAACUUGGCGGACAGUGUGUAUCUAAUAUUCUCGGCGAACAAAUCCGGCGAAUACUUCGGCUAUGCACGCAUGACCUCCACCAUAUCCGGCGAACCAGUCAACUUAUUCCACAUGUCCAACGAGCAAAGCAGCGAACAACCAGCCCCUGAAGCUACAGGUGCACCACAGUCAAUAUUUACAGUAGCCACAGCCACAGCACCUCGAGGCCGGAUAAUUGACGACUCGGCACGCGGCACCAUCUUCUGGGAGGCGGACCAUGAAGAGGAGGAAGACGAGGUACCGGAGAGCCAACGAGCAGCGGUGGGUGACGGGCAGAAUUGGGGCCGGCAAUUCUCUGUGGAGUGGAUGUCGACUAACCGAUUGCCGUUCUAUCGAACUCGCGGCUUGCGCAACCCGUGGAAUGCGAACCGAGAGGUCAAGAUCGCCCGCGAUGGAAUUGAGCUGGAACCCAGUGUCGGCAGGCGCCUGGUGCAGAUGUUCCAUCGCCCAGCCCCGAGUCCCAGUGGCAACAACAACAAGGCUGGUGGUGCCGGAGCACCAGGUGGUUCAGGGUCCUACCGCUAA